AUGUCGUACGACGAAAGAUUUUUUACGCUUCCGCCAAUCCUUUUUCCGCUCGCAUUCUCAACGAGGAAACAAUGGUGUAGUAGCUGGGGAUCGAUUAUCCUCGGAGAACGGGGAGAGAUUAUGCCUCUUGACGUACCGUUCGUUCAGAUUCUUGGUCCGUUUUUAGAAAAUCAUGCCGAAUAA